AUGAGACCCAGACACGCUUAUGAUAAAGUGUUUGAGAAAAGUCAGGCUCCCUCAGGAGGAUGGGCAGUCAUCAUGUGCCCCAGCAGGAUUGUCCACAGUAUGAAACACAACAUUCGUGCUGAGAGUUCAUGUGGCUUUGCAGACUUAAUGUUGAAGAACAUGUCCUUCAAAGUGGGACAGACACUGACCGUCACUGGAGUCCCAAAGGCUGAUGCCACAAAAUUUUCCAUUAACGUUGGGCACAGUGAGGGGGAACUUGCCCUGCAUAUGAACCCUCGUUUUGAAGCCAACAGAGACCAUCGCAUUUUAGCCCUCAACUCUUACCAAGGAGGGAAGUGGGGUGAGCACGUGGCAUAUGGAGUUUUCCCCUUUAACCAGGGAGAGGAGUUCAAGGUAAAGAUCACCUUCACCAGUGAGGAAUUCCACAUCACUCUUCCGGAUGGGUCGGAAAUACGUUUCCCAAACCGCUUUCAUGCUGAAAAGUACAGAUAUCUGCUGUUUGAUGGAGAGGCCAAGAUACAAGGCAUUGAAAUCAAAUAG